GACGUCAAAAGUCACACAAAAAAAACCACCAUGAUUCCGUAUUUUACAUAAUUUAACACAUCCAACCAUCCAUCCAACAUUAAUACAACCAUUAUAACAUAACAAAUCAGCAACAAAUGUAACAAAUGCAAUCAUAGUAACAAAUGUGUAUUGAACUUUUCGAACCAUGGGAGACAAGCCGAAACCGAAGAUCACGAUCAUCCCUCCACUUUACCAGUUUCUUUUCGGGGGAUCGGCCGGCAUGAUGGCAAUCUGCAUCGUCCAGCCGAUGGAUCUGCUGAAGACCAGGAUGCAACUCCUGGGACCUGCUGCCAAGGACUACACCAUGGUCAGGAUGGCCAAGGAGGUGGUCGCUAAGGAAGGAUUUAAAGGUCUCUACAGCGGGAUCUCAGCAGCGCUGUUCCGACAAGCCACGUACACUACUGGGCGCCUUGGGAGCUUCAACGCCAUCACCGAUAUUUAUAACUCGUCAUACGGAACGCCAAAUUUCGGAAUCAAGAUACUUAUUGGCAUGCUUGCGGGCAGCGUUGGGGCACUCGUUGGCAACCCAGCUGAGGUGGCGCUUGUGAGGAUGACUGCUGACGGCCGCCUGCCGCCAGAGAAGCGACGGAACUAUUCGAACGUGUUCAAUGCCCUUGGCAGAAUGAUCAAAGAGGAAGGCCCCGGGACGUUGCUCCGCGGCGCCCCGGCCACCGUCUCGCGCGCAGCCGUCGUGAACGGCGCGCAACUGGCCUCCUACGCGCAAGCCAGGCAAAUGCUUCUCCCCGUGAUGGGGGAAAACAUGCUUCUGCACUUUACUGCGUCUAUGAUCGCCGGCUUCGUCACCUCUGCUGCGUCAAUACCACUGGACAAAGUUAAAACGAUAGUGCAAAACACGGCCAAAGGGGGUGAGCAGCUCGGGAUGAUGGCAGUGGUACUCGAUGUGCUAAAGAAGGAGGGUAUCCUUGGGUUCUGGUCCGGGUUCCUGCCCACCUACCUGAAGAUCGGACCCCACACUGUCUUCACCUUUAUCUUCCUGGAGCAAAUUAACGCGGCAUACUUUAGGGCGGUUAAUGCUUAAGUCCGUAUUCACAUUAUCCGAUCCGAUAUUGGAUGUCGGAAGGACUUCAAAAAACAGUGCGCGGAAGAAGUG